UGUUAUGGGCCUGUUCAUGACCAUAACUUGGACACAAAGGCAUUACCGUGUCUAGUAGUGAAAUUGACCUUUCCUUUAAAGAAAGCCUUUUUUAAGGAUCUAAAUAGAAAACUUCAGGAGAAUGAGCAAAUAGAAAAAAAUAUUGGAUUGCAUGGUUUGGUAGAAAAAUUUGGAGGUAUCAGCAAUUUUUUUGAAUACAUUGUAAACGAUGAUUUGGCAUAUCGACCAAGUAUAAGUAAAUCAAAGUGUUAA